AUGCUGGAGGCAUCUGCCCGCGGGCGAGAAGGCGCUGCUCUUCCCAACCUGCUUGGCGUGCGGCCACGCAGCUCCGCCGCUGGCAGCCACAGGGCACAGAUUCUGCAAGCACUUCACGGGCCUCCUGGUCCAGAGCGACCGCUUGGAGCCCCUGGAGCCCGACCGUUUCAUUCCGAAGCUGUGACUCAAAAGCCAGUUCCCCCGCCCCACGUUGCGGGCUUGCCGGCUGUGCUGUUCCUCGACGUCGAUGGGGUGCUUCACCCCGUCCAGGCACGCCAUCCGCGGCAGCAGUUCGUCAACGGCUGCCUAGCUCUUGUGGCUGACGUCGUCAAGGCAACUGGAGCUGCGAUUUGUUUGUCCACGGCCUGGAGAUUGGAUCCUCAAGCUCGCAAGUUCGUGGAGGGCAAGCUGCAAGACUUUGGGCUGGGGCCCCCAGUCGGGCGCACGCCGAACCUAGCGCAGUUCCAUCGCAGUCGGGAAAUCCUCGCCUGGGUCCAUAAGUUCAAGCCAGCCACCUGGGUUGCUUUGGACGACUGGCCACUCAUCGAGGAGGAGCCCAAGAUGCAGGGGCACUUCGUCCAGUCCCGGCCACGCUAUGGGCUUCAGCCAGAUACUGCUCAAAAAGUAGUUGAACUCUUCAAGUUGCAACAGCAACAUAUCAAAUGCCAGCCGCUGGCAAGAGGCUGA